GUGACAGAAAUUACACUUAAUUGACAGUUUCAUUAUGCAUUUGAACAUAAAUAAUCAUCAGGGUAUGUCCUUUUUUUACGAGAGGAACGCACGCCAGUGACGCGCAGGGUCACAUGACACUGCUGGUGGUGACGUAGUGCGUGAGUUUCUUUGCCCGUCUGUGUUGAACACACACGCACACAGUCACACACACACACACCGACUGAGCUCGAGUGGACAUAAACAAGAGCGCGAGGCCUUUGUGUUACAUUCAUCAGCAUACGGUGACAUUACUGCGAAUCCUUGUGCGCGUGGACGCGGGAUCGUGCUCGUGCGCGCGGGUUAAUAGAAACCUCAGAGGAUGGACUGAUGACCAUGUGGAUCACCAGGUUCUUAGUGGAUGUCUACAAGAGUGGAUAACAGAAGUAUUUAAUUGUCCGUCUUACUGGACACUGCCUUUAAGGAGCAAUGGCUAGCAAGAGAAAGUCCACCAUUCCAUGCAUGAUUCCUGUCAAAACAAUGCAUCUUCAAGAUGACCUUGAACGGGAAAGACAAUCUCCUUUGUCCAAGGACAUUGGGUUCUCCUUCAGGAAGGAAGUGUGUAAAAUAGGCAGUCCCAGUUUGGGGAACCCGUCUGGCCAGGAAGCAGGCGAUAUUGAUAGUGGCACUUACACCUGUAUGCCUUGUAACUUUGAGACCCAGGACCUAAACCUUUUCCUCGACCAUGUGUACAGUGGACACCCAGAUUUCCGCGUUGACCCUUGUUUUCUUUGUGUAGAUUGUGGGGUAAGGGCUGCAAAAUUCGAAGGCUUAGCACUGCACAAUGCCCGUGUACAUCCCAGCACAAUGACCACCAUGCUUCAGCUAAAAAGGAAGGACAACAAGUUUGCGGUAGAACAGACCCUCAUCACGGGACCUUGUAAAAGCAAUAGCUUGAAGGAAACAGAGAUUUCCAUCUCAAAGACACCAAUCAUGAAAAUGAUGAAGGGAAAAUCAGAACCCAAAAGGAUUGUCAUUUCUCAUCCCGCAAGCGACGACCCUUCCUUCUUGGUUACUAAACCGCUGGAGAAAACCCAAACUCCUGCUGUGACAGUUACCCACGUGCCCACUAUUGUACACAAUGGAGCAGCCAACAAGGUUGCCCUGUCAUCAGCUAUACAGAUUGUUAACGCCUCUGGGGCGUUGCCGCUGGUCAAAACCGCUGUUACACAAGUUGUGUCUGUUGUGCAAAACAGAAGUGUCAACCCACAGUCUGCGCCCAUCGCUGUUUGCUCAUCGCCCUCCUCAUUGUCAAGCACCAAGAAUCUUCCGAAAGUAAUGAUCCCUCUUAGCAGCAUUCCUACCUACAACACAUCCAUGGACAAUAGCAGUUUCUUGAAGACGUCCUUUAGCAAGUUCCCUUAUCCGACCAAGGCUGAGCUGUGCUACCUAACAGUAGUAACCAAGUACCCCGAGGAGCAGAUCAAGAUUUGGUUCACAGCACAGAGACUAAAGCAAGGAAUCAGCUGGUCUCCAGAGGAGAUAGAGGAUGCCCGCAGGAAGAUGUUCAACACAAUCAUUCAAACGGCACCAUCCUCCAGCCACCAGCAGCGUCUGUCCCACCAGACCACCUCUCAGCAAACAAUCACAGUUCUGGGCACAACUGGCAUCCCUCACAUUUUACAGGGUAGCCUGGUCGGGCAUGGAGGGGUGAUUGUCACCCAGCCUAUGAUAACUAAUGGCAUUCAGGUCAGCAGUGCCCCUGUCACGCUCGCUGUAACACCUAAGGCUCAGGCUGCCGCGAAGCCCAUGAUGCAGGCCAGGCCCGCUGCGGCCCUGGUGGCUGACAAAGGAAUCGGCAUGGUCUUGGGCACGGUUGGUAGCAGCAGUAGUGGAAAUUGCAGCAGUAGUGUUAGUACUGGAAGCAGUUCUAGCAGUAUUAGUAGUACGAGCAGCUUAAGCAGCCAGGCUAGCGUAAUUGGUGUGGAUGGUAGCGGCACAGCGAAGUCGAACAGCGACAGUGACGUUAGGGCCUAUACGCCUGGUGCUAAUGAUACUUGCGUUCAAAGCAGUAAUGGCAAUAGUGUAAAAAGUACCGGUGAGAAUAAUAAAAGGAACAAUGGCAAACUAUCUGCUAGUACCACUCCAGCUACCACCUUCACAUCCACCACUACUACGGAUUGCACAAUGCCAAGUAAAUCAGACUCCCCACGUCAUGGCUCAAUGAACUCUCGUAUGUUCUCCUCAGCAAGCCUUCUGGACCCCAGCUUUAACAAAACAAAGAAGUCACAGGAACAGCUGGCAGCCUUAAAGGACAGCUUCCUUGUUAGCCAGUUUCCCAAUCAGGCAGAGGUGGAUCGACUUAUCGGUCUAACUGCUCUGACUGUGCGUGAGGUACGGAAAUGGUUCAGUGAUCGACGGUACCACUUCCGUAAUCUAAAGGGCUCAAGAAUGAGUUCAGGUGCUCAGACUGCAGCAGCAAGUGUUAGCGGUUCCCAGUUUGAUGCGCUUGUUGCUGUGGACUCGACAGAAAACAGCACACCCCCCGAGAGGCCUAAAACCCCCCAGCAGACACCCAUCAGUCCCUCGCAGACAACAUCCCCACCAACUCCCUCAAGACGCCCACCACGACCCCCGUCACCAGAUUUUACUGCUAUACGGUACAAAGAGCGGGAACCUCACCAGGUGCGUGCUUUAGAGGCCAGUUUUGCGCAAGACCCAGAUCCAUGUAACGAAGAAGUUGACAGGCUGAGGGCAGAAACGAAAAUGACUCGCCGUGAGAUCCACAGCUGGUUUGCUGAGCGUCGGAGGAGGAUGGCAGCAGAGAAAAAGAAGGAGGAAGCUGAGAGGGCAGAAAGGGACGAUGACGACAGCAGUAAAGAAAAGGAGAACACAAGCACUGAGGAGAGGCAUGAAGCUGAUAGUCCCUCCUCUGAAAAACAGAAGGAAGAGACUGGUACCGAACCAAAAGUUAACCCUAUCAAGAUCAAUCUCAAAAUGUUGAAAGUUACUGAAUCUAUUGGAAAAGAUGAGCCGGAGGAAAGUGACCCCACUGAGGCUACCAAAGUGCUGCCUUCCGGCUCUCAGGCAAUGGUUACUCAGACCUCUUCAUACCGGGGGAAGAAAACACCCGAACAGCUCCACCUGCUGAAACAAGUCUUUGCACGCACGCACUGGCCUAGUUGUCCACAGUAUAAUGAGCUCAUUGCUAAAACGGGCCUUGCACGACCAGAGGUGGUGCGUUGGUUUGGAGACUGCCGUUAUGUCUCGAAGAACGGUCAGCUCAAGUGGCUUGAGAGUUACCAGGCAAUGGUAGAUGAGGAAGACUUCCAGAAGGCCAACAUCAGUGUGCUGAAGGAGCACCUGGAAACCUACGGAAAGCUAGAUGAGAGUCAAUUGGAGGACAUUGUCAAAUCCAGUGGCUUAGGUGAGGAAUCGAUCCGACGGUGGUUUGUGAAUAAGACACCACCUCUAGAGAACAGUAAGGCUGGGUCAUUGACUGUGGCCAGCCCAACUGAAACUGCUCUGGAAUCCCACCAUCCAGAAGAAGAUGAGCAGUUACUAAGUGGCCUCAUCUCAAAGGAUCAAGCCACAGAGGGAACAAAUGAUGUAUCUACCAGACAAGGGUCCGACUGAAGGGGAGAACAGAGGCUUGAAUGGAGGUGCAAAGGGAUAUCAACCAAUGGGAUUACAGCACAUGUGGCCUUUAUCUUUUAUUUUUGCCAACAUCCAAUGAAAUUUAAACCGAAGCGCUGGAGGACACCUUUGCAAAAACACUUUCCAUUCCUGGAAUAACAAGCGGUCUCACUGUACAAGACAACCAGCUGCUUUGACUAUUUCACAGGACAGAGGGGAGGUCCGCAAGACAUCUGAGAGGAAGAGGACUGUAAAAUUCUUACUGAUAGUCUUUUUCUAACAGUGUCAGUGUGAAUGAAGUGACGUUCAUUAGGGGAUUUAUCGUGGUACCAAACACUGCACAGCUCUUAUUGAGCCCUUUUGUAAUUCUUAACCUAUGACAGACAAAACUGCACCUCAGAGGUUUAGAUGUAUGCUGUAGGAGAAGCUUCGGUAGCACACAGAACGCUUUUCUGAAAUGUCAUCACUGAGAGCAAAAUAAAACCAUGAUUAUGAAGUGUCCAGACUUUUA